AUGUCCAUGCAUCUGCACCAAAUAAUCCUGCUAAACUGUUCCAAAUUUCUGAUUAAGAGGAAUAAGCAAACAUAAUAAACAGAGCUCAAUAAUCUGACGGCUUGUCACUCCUUCUGCUAUAACUGUUUGAUUCAUCUCAAGAUUAUGGGAAUGGAACCUGUGGCCAGUGGUGAAAUGAUUUUGGUGGUCAUGAAAUGGAGAUCCAGUCACUGA